CUUCCACCCCCCCCAGAUUUCGGGGACCCCCCCAAUUAACACCGCUGCCCUUAUUAAUUACAUCCUCCCACCCCCCCGAUUGCCCCCCCAGCCCCACCGAAGCCUCUUUGUCUCCCACGCAGGUCCCCCCCCCGCGGGGGAGGGGGUGACGCGACCACCGCCGGUGCCACCCGAGGGGGGGACACCCCUAAAAUCGAGGUGAACCCCCCCACCAGACCCCUUAAACCACCCCCGGACACGCGGCCCCCUCCCCCCCCUAUCCAUAGGGGCAGCCUGGCAAGGGGGCGGCCGGGGGAGGGGGGGUCACCCCCUAAAAUUUUCGGGUGGGUGGGGGGGAGUGGGGACAACCAUGGCCGCCGAUUUGGGGGACCCCAAAACUUCCACGUCCCCCCCCGCCCCCCCAAAACGCUUCUUCCGCAAGAGCGUGGAGGUGCUGGAGGAGGAGGAGCGGGGGGAGCGCGGCGGAGACCCCGGCCCGAGGGGCGACCCCCGGCUCGGGGGGGGCGAGGAGGAGGAGGCGGAGAUGAAGGCCGUGGCCACCUCGCCCGGUGGCCGCUUCCUCAAGUUCGACAUCGAGUUGGGACGCGGCGCCUUCAAGACGGUGUUCAAGGGAUUCGACACCGACACCUGGGUGGAGGUGGCCUGGUGUGAGCUGCAGGACCGCAAGCUGACCAAGGCGGAGCAGCAGCGCUUCAAGGAGGAGGCCGAGAUGCUCAAGGGGCUGCAGCACCCCAACAUCGUCCGCUUCUACGACUCCUGGGAGUCCUCGCUCCGCGGCAAGAAGUGCAUCGUCCUCGUCACCGAGCUCAUGACCUCAGGAACCCUCAAGACGUACCUCAAGAGGUUCAAGGUGAUGAAGCCGAAGGUGCUGCGGAGCUGGUGCCGGCAGAUCCUGAAGGGGCUGCAGUUCCUGCACACGAGGACGCCGCCCAUCAUCCACCGCGACCUCAAGUGCGACAACAUCUUCAUCACCGGCCCCACCGGCUCCGUCAAGAUCGGCGACCUGGGGCUGGCCACGCUCAUGCGCACGUCCUUCGCCAAGAGCGUCAUCGGGACCCCCGAGUUCAUGGCCCCCGAGAUGUACGAGGAGCGCUACGACGAGUCCGUGGACGUCUACGCCUUCGGGAUGUGCAUGUUGGAGAUGGGCACCUCCGAGUACCCCUACUCCGAGUGCCAGAACGCCGCCCAGAUCUACCGCAAAGUCACCAGCGGCAUCAAGCCGGCGAGUUUCAACAAGGUGACGGACCCCGAGGUGAAGGAGAUCAUCGAGGGCUGCAUCCGGCAGAACAAGGCUGAGAGGCUGUCCAUCCGGGACCUGCUGGACCACGCGUUCUUCGCCGAGGACACGGGGCUGCGCGUGGAGUUGGCCGAGGAGGACGCGGGGCUGGACCCGGCGCUGGCGCUGCGCCUCUGGGUGGAGGACCCCAAAAAGCUCAAGGGCAAGCACAAGGACAACGAGGCCAUCGAGUUCAGCUUCAACCUAGAGGCUGAUGUCCCUGAGGAGGUGGCCUAUGAGAUGGUGAAAUCCGGGUUCUUCCACGAGAGCGACUCCAAGGCCGUGGCCAAAUCCAUCCGGGACCGGCUGGCGCUGGUGAGGAAGACGCGGGAGAAGAAGCAGGCGGAGGGCCGGGGGGGCCCCGAGAGCCGGGGGGUCCCCGAAAGUGAGGACACCGAGGUGGAUCAGCACGUGCGGCAGCAGCUGCUGCGGGAGCAGCCCCCGCCCGGCCCUGCUGAGGGGCUCCUGGACAACCCCCCACCCCCAGAUGUCCCCGGCUCCUGCGGUGUCACCGGGGCACCUGAGCAGCUCUGGGGGUACCCACAGGGACCCCAGGAUGGGGUGUCCCCCCCUGUGCCACCACUGGUGACGCAGGGGACCGAGGGGACAGCAGAGGAUGGCACCGGAGGAGCCACCAUGGAGCCAGCUGGGCCUGAGGGGGACCCCUGUGGCUGUGGCGGGGGGUCGGUGACAGUGGGGACACAGCCACAGGUGGCACCUGGGGCACCGGGGCCGGGGAUGGCACCGAGAGUGGCAGCAGGGGUGGCACUGCCAGCUGCGGGGGUGACAGCGGCUCCUGGAGUGUCACCAGCGCCAGGAGUGCCACCUCCUACUGGAGUGCCACCAGCCUCAGGGGGGACAGCAGCUCUGGGGGUGCCACCAGCUCUGGGGGUGCCACCUCCAGCCGGAAUGCCACCAGCCCAGGGGAUGGCACCAGUGCCAGGGGUGACACCAGCACAAGGGGUGCCACCCCUGGCUGGGGUGCCACCACAGUUGGUCCCCAUGGUGCAGCUGCAGCCAGGCCUUGGAAUGCCACCGAAAACCCCUGGGAUGCCACCAGGUCCAGGAAUGCCACCAGGUCCAGGAAUGCCACCAGGUCCAGGAAUGCCACCAGCCCAGGGGAUGCCACCAGGUCCAGGAAUGCCACCAGGUCCAGGAAUGCCACCAGCCCAGGGGAUGCCACCAGGUCCAGGAAUGCCACCAGGUCCAGGAAUGCCACCACCAUCUGGGAUGCCACCAGCCCAGGGGAUGCCACCACAGCCAGUCCCCACCAUGCAGCCGCAGCUGGUGCCAGGGAUGUCACCAGCUCCAGGGAUGCCAGCAGUGGUGGGGAUGUCACCAGCUCUGGGGGUUCCACCACUGUCCAUCAUGACGUCAGUCAUGGGGAUGUCAUCAGCCCCGGAGAUGCCAACCCAAUCCAUGAUGCCACCAGCACAAGGGAUGCCACCUCCGUCUGUGAUGCCACCAGUCAUGGGGGUGUCACCAGCCCCAGGGGUGCCACCUGCCCAAGGGAUGCCACCAUCGUCCAUGAUGCCACCAGCCUCAGAGAUGCCACCAUCGUCCAUGGUGCCACCAGCCAUGGUGAUGCCACCAGCACAAGGGAUGCCACCAGCACAAGGGAUGCCAGCUCCACCCAUGAUGCCACCAGCCCAAGGGAUGCCAACUUCAUCUGUGCUGCCACCAGCCCCAGGGGUGCCACCUCCAGCUGUGCUGCCACCAGCCGUGGGGAUGCCACAAGCUCCAGAGAUGCCACCACCAUCCAUGAUGCCACCAGCCCUGGGGAUGCCACAAGCUCCAGAGAUGCCACCACCAUCCAUGAUGCCACCAGCCGUGGGGAUGCCACAAGCUCCAGAGAUGCCACCACCAUCCAUGAUGCCACCAGCCGUGGGGAUGCCACAAGCUCCAGAGAUGCCACCACCAUCCAUGAUGCCACCAGCCGUGGGGAUGCCACAAGCUCCAGAGAUGCCACCACCAUCCAUGAUGCCACCAGCCGUGGGGAUGCCACCGGCCCCAGAGAUGCCACCACCGUCCCCAAUGCUACAACCCCCAGUGCUCCCUGGCCCCGAGGACCCCUCGGUGCCCGCCGAGGCCGCGUCCCUGCUGCGUGUCUCCGAUGUCCCCGAGGUCCCCGGGCCGCGUGCCCGGCAGCGCCGCGCGUCGUGCCAGCGCCCCGCCCGCUUCCAGCUCACCGUGCUGCAGGUGUCCUCAGCUGGGGACAACACGGUGGAGUGCCAGCUGGAGACCCACGACAGCAAGAUGGUCACCUUCAGGUUUGACGCGGACGGGGACGCGCCCGAGGACAUCGCCUGCUACAUGGUCGAGGACAACUUUGUCCUGGAGGGGGAGCGGGACAAGUUCGUGGAGGAGCUCAAGGCCAUCGUGACACAGGCCCGGGAGCUCCUCGGGACCCCCACCCCGGACCCCCAGGUGGGACCCCUGGAGCCGCCAGUGGGUGGGGAAGGCCCCCCCCCAGUCAUCGCCCGUGGGGCGCUGGAGGUUCUGCAUCAACCAAACCAUCCGGAACCGCGAGGCCACCGGCCCCGGGGGACCCCCACCCACCCGGAGAGCCCUGGGGACAUCCCAGGGGGGUCCCCAAGGACAGGGGACAAACAAGAGCGGAGCGUCGGAGCAGGACGGGCCAGGGGGACCAGAGACUGGGGUCUCCAACGCCCAGGACCUCGAUGUCCCCCAGGGCCAGGGUCGGCUGUCCCCAAACCGGAGGAGCUGGGUGUCCCCCAGGCUUUGGGGACAGCUGUCACCAGUCCCCAGGAGGUCACACCAGAGAAGAUCAACCUCGAAGCCCAAGAUCUGGGGGCUCCCCAAGGCCUGGGGCUGAGUGACCCCAGCUCUGGACAUCUGGAUGUGGCUGUCCCCAAACCUCCGGAGCUCGAUGGCCACCAAGAGCCCCUCGUCCCUGGGAACGCAGAGCCGGGUGUCCCCCAGGAGCAGGGGACAGUCACUGCCCCAUGGGAGCAGGAGGGACCCAGGGAACCGCCCGACCCCCCAGAGCCAGAUGUGUCCCAAGAGCCAGGUGACCUCCAAGGACUGGGGACAUUCGUCACUGGGCCCCCAGAGCCACCAGGUGACCCCCAAGGACUGGGGACGUUUGUCACCGGUGCUUGGGGACAGGAGGGACCACCAGGACCAAAGGCCGUGCCCCCCGCCCGCCCCCCGCCCGGGGCUGCCUCGUUCCCGCUGGGGCUGUGCCCCCGCCUGCGCAGCCCCCGCAAGGGUUGGGGGCGCCGCAUCAAGAGCUGGGCCCGGCGCCUGCGCCCCCCUUCCGUGGGGGGAGACCCCCACACAGAGGAGCCAGAGGAACUCGGGGACCCCCCAAGGCAAGGGCACUGCCAGCCACCCCCUGAGCCCACCGACCCCGAGGGCGACUGGGGGGGCCCCAGCUCAGGCAGUGAGAGUGGGGGGCUGGGGGGACCCCCGCACCCCCCCGGGGCCCCCCUGCUCCCCCCGGGGUCCCCUGAGACCCCCCUGAGCAGCGACGGGGAUUCGGAGCCCGAGGACGAGGCGCUGCGGGAGCAGCUGCGGCGGCUGCGGGAAAAGCACAUCCAGGAGGUUCUGGAGCUGCGGGCACGGCAGGACCGGGAGCUGCGGGAGCUGCACCGGCGGCUCCGGGCCCUCAAAGAGGCCCGGGGGGACCCCCCAAAAUGGGGAGGGGGCGGUGGGACCCCCCCCCAGCGUGGCCACGGGGGGUCCCCGCGGCGGCCUCGGGGGGCCCGGGCGCGAGGGAGGGGCCGGGGAGUGGCCCUGACAGAAGCCUCAGCCCCCUCCCCAGGCCCCCCAACCCCCCCGGCCCCCCCAAAAAAGGGGCUCUUCACCGACGACCUGCACCGGCUGGUGGAUGAGUGGGUCCAGGACACGGCCAGGGCCCAGGCCACCUCCUCCUGGGUCUCCACCCUGCGUGGCACUCGUGGGACCCCCCGAAAAUGGGGGGAGCUGCCCCCCCCAAAACCUGCCCUGCGUGGGGGGGGCAGCCCCCUCCCCCCAGGGGCCGAGUGAGGGGGGGUCCCCAGACCCUGACCCCUCCAACCCCCCUGAUUUUGGGUCAAAACCCCAAUUUUCAGCCCCCAAAUUCCUUUGUUUCACCCCAAAACCCCCUUGUUUUACUCCCACAUUGGGUGACCCCAAAUUUCCAGCCCUAAAAUGACCUCGUUUCACCUCAAAAUUCCCCUAAUUUGGGUCCUGUGCUGUGACCCCUAUUUCUGGCCCCAAAAUUGCCUUAUUUUGCCCUAAAAUUCCCCCUUUUUUGCUGCCCCCUUGGGCUGAAUUUUUGGCCUCAAUUCACCCCCAAAAUCCCCUUUUUAGGAUACUCAAGCCCCCCCCCCCCUCAAUUUCUGGCCCCGAAACCACCUCAUUUUGACCCCAAAUUCCCCCUUUUUGGAUCCAAAAUCUCUCUAUUGUAUCCCAACCCCCCUUUUUUUGUGUUACUCCCUGUUUGCAAGGUGACUGCACUUUCUGGUGCCCAAAAUCCCCUCAUUUCACUCCAAAACUCCCCUUUUUUGUGCCCUGCCAACCCCAAUUUUCUGCCCUAAAUCCCUCAUUCUACCCCAAAAUUCCCUUUUUGGGCCUUUCCCCCUCUGCAUGAGGUGACCCCAUUUUUUAGCCCCCAAAUCACCUCAUUUCACCCCAAAAAUCUCAUUUUUUGUGGCCUUUCCACGUCUCUUUUCCACCUCCCUGAACGUGAUGCCACUUGUUGGCCCCAAAAUUGCCUUGUUUCAUCCCAAAACCCCUUUUUUUGGGCCUAUCUCCCCUUUUUUUACCCCUCCUACAACAUUACCCCACUUUUUGCUCCCCAAAUCGCAUAAUUUCAUCCCAAAAAUUCUCUUUUAGGGCCUGCCCUUCCCCCACAGGAUAUCAUCCCAGUUUUCAGCCCCAAAAUCUCCUCAUUUCAGACAAAAAUCCCUUUUUUUGGGCCUUGCCACUCUUUUGUCCCCACACAAAGCAACCCAAUUUUUAGCCCUUAAACGGCUUCAGUUUGCCCUAAAACACAAACAGUUGAACCCCGAUGUUUCAUUUAUCUAAAAAUUCCUCUUUUUUCCCCCUGAAAACACUUCAGAGUCCCCAGAAUUCCCAUUUUUCACCCAAAGCCCCUCACAGGCUUGGAAUUUUUCCUAAUGUGACCACAGUAGAGGCAGGUGGGCUGUACUGGGUUUACUGGUGACCCACCCCCCCAUACUGGUCAUACUGGUGCAACAACCCCCUCUCAUUCCUGUACCCUCAACCCAUUUUUGGGUCAUUUUGUCGUGUUUUCCUCUCAUCUACCUCACCCCUUCACCAAGCCAGCAAGGUUUCGGGGUGAAUUCUCGAGUGUUCUGGUUCGAGAGGGUGGGGAAGGCGUUUGUUUUGCGGGGAAAUUGUUAAAAAGCGCGAAAAAAAAAAAAAAAAUCCUAAAAUGUAAGAAAUAAAAGCGUGGCUGGUGCGCGCCACUCCCAAAA